AUGGUGAACUCCUCUACUCAAUCUCCACCUGAAAACCCUGUUCAUCCAAACACAGAAAAUCAAUCUUCAGGAAACCCUAGGACUUUAGAUCCCUAUAUCAUUCAUCCCAGUGAUAACCCAGCCACUGUUUUGUUUUCUCCAUUAUUGCAAGGUGAAAAUUAUGGAUCAUGGGUACGAGGAAGUUGGCUUCUUAAUUCAUGCCAGCCAGAUAUACGUGCAAGCUGCUUAUACGCGCCCUCUUCUCAUGCAAUCAGGAAGGAUCUCCAGGUGAGGUUUUGUAUAUCUAAUGCACUUAUCUUAUUCCGUUUGAAAUCUGCAAUUGUUGCCAUUCAACAAGAGACGAUGUCUGUAUCUUUGUACUACACAAAGAUCAAAACACUAUGGGAUCAAUAUGAUUCUCUCGUAGCUGUUAUUGAAGUCUGCAUUUUCGGUGCUGGAAAGUCAUUGCUCGAGCGCCUAGAACAUGACACAGCCAUGGAGUUUCUUCAAGGCUUGCAUGAUAGGUUUUCUAACCUAAGGAAUCAGAUACUGUUAAUGGACCCAUUCCCUACUGCCUUAAGAAUCUUCAACAUGGUGCAACAAGAGGAAGAACAGCAGCACAUCACUGCCAGUCCUCUUCCCAACAUUGAAUCCGCUGCACUGAACACCAACUGUUUCGUCCCUGAACACCAGUCUGCUGCUCAACCAUCUGCUAGCCAAAACAAACGUCCCAGACCUCACUAUGACAAUUGUAACCGUCAUGGGCAUGUUCGAGACAAGUGCUAUCGACUCCACGGUUUUCCACCUUCGUAUGCAUCAAACCCUGUUGCUGCCAACACUACCAUUGAUCCUCCAGAACUUCAGCUUGUACAUCAACCUGCAAUGCCUUCAUUCUCUGCUAAACAAUAUUCACGGUUGUUGGCUCUAAUCAACACUCCAUCUGAGGAUACUCUAAUGGAACCACGAGUUAACUUUGCUGGACUUGUCCACGAACAGAGUGAUUGGUCAGGGUGA